UGAAACUAUGAAGCGUUUCAAAAACGAUAUUAAAGUGAAAUAGUUAACUGUAAUCUGAAAGACUGUGAAAUAAUUUCAAAAUGGCGACCGCGUCACAUUUAGGCAUCAAAGGCCUCGAAGGCCUCCACGGCGUGACGAUCAGGCAGAAAGUGACUGGUUUCUCUAACAACAAGUACGUGGUGCUGGCACCAGAUGGCGCUGUCAUUCUGUACGCAAAGGAGAACUCCGGCGCACUCAACCGGCUGUUCGGCGGGAAGGACCGCGCUUUUGAAAUAAACAUUUAUGACACACAGGAUAAAGAAGUAGUUCGCCUUCGCCGGCCUUACACGUUCGGCCCUGACAAGAUGGACGUAAUCUUGUGCGGCAGUCUUAUCAGCGUGGUCCGACAGGAGGUCACCUUCUUCAAGCCUGUACUUAACAUUAACGAUGCCAAUGACCGUCCUAUGCUGAGAGUCAAGGGUCCUAUGGCUACUACGGGAGAUGCUGAUUUUAAAUUGUACAACACGAAGAAGCAGCAAGUUGGCGUCAUUGCUAAGCGCUGGGGCGGGCUGGCGCGAGAACUCUUCUCAGAUGCUGACCACUUCGAGAUCACCUUCCCUGCUGACGCUACCGUCGGUGUCAAGGCGGCUAUCAUUGGGACUUGCUUCCUUAUAGACUUCCUGCACUACGAAAACUGAUCGGCGAAGCUAAAUAUGUUAUCUUUGAUGUCGUAUAAAACGCAUUUAAAAUUAAGAUAAGCCGCACUUGUGCAUUAAAAUAUUAUCUACGUACUGUUUUCAAAAUAAACAAUUUUAACGAUCA